AUGGCGGUCGAGGUCAAAGAUGACGGUCGUGGUCAAAGUUCAAAAAUGGCGGUCGAGGUCAAAGAUGGCAGUCGAUGUCAAAGUUCAAAAAUGGCGGUCGAGAAGAAGAGCACAGAAGAAGAUGGUUUUCUGCAUAGAUUUAUUGAUUUGAUGUUUCUGCAUAAAAAUGAUGAAGAUAAGUUUGAAUAUUUAAAUAUCAGUCAGGAAAUCAUUGGUCUGAAAUUAAAAUUAGCAAUGAUAUUUGUUAUAUGUAUCUGUUUUCAUAGUUUAAGGGUUAGAAAUGGUAAAUCGUCUGGUAAUUUACCUAGCCGCAAUAGCACUGCAACAAUAGGAGUGUUCUGGGGUCAUGGCCUGUAUGGUUCUCCAGACCUCCUAUUCACAGAUGAAGAGGAACAGAUGAAGAACAGAUGA